AUGGAGGGAGGCGCGGGCGUGGGCAGCGUCGCCUCGCUCACUAUGGACUGCGAGGACAUGUUUAAGGAGAUCACCAAAAAGCUAUAUGGUGAAGAGACGAGCGUGGGAGUAGGCGUAGUGGGGGUGGAGUUCCCCGCAGCCGAACGAGACCUGGACGACGACUUGCGUCCCGAAGAGCACAUCACGGCCUGGGGUCUCGCUGCACUCAUGCAAAACGGCUUCCCUCCGCCAGGCAUACUACAGGCGAAUUUUACGCCGCGCAUCGACCCGAACGCGGAGGACCGCUGGACGGCGGCGGAGGAGCCGCUGGCGUGGGCGCACUCGCGCAUCGCCUCCUACAACCCCGCGCAGCGGCUCUUCAAGUGCGCCGACUGCGAGUGCGUCGGGUUCCUGGCGCGGGUCGCAGAGCACUGGCUCGGCACUCACUCGCAGGCGCGGGCGUUUCAAUGUCCUCUGGCAGGCUGCGGGUUUGCGUCCGGGUGGGCGCGCGGCGUGCGCUCGCACCUCGCGCGCGACCACCACUCCGACCCCGCCGCCGCUGACCACCUGCUGAGGGACAACCCCGCUCUCGACGACCUCACUCGAUACCUACAACGACUUAAGAACAAAGUGGAAACGAUGCGUAAUGAGCGCCGCCCCAGCACCGGCAGCGAAGCGGGCGCGGGCGAGGCCGCCGGCGCGGGCGCUUCGGCUGUCGGUGCCGGCGAGGCCGGCAAGCGCUACGUGUGCAACGCCUGUCCCUACGCCACCGACCGCCGCGACCUGUUCACGCGACAUGAAAAUAUACAUCGCGAUGAAAAACCUUUUCACUGCUAUCUCUGCCAGAAGCAGUUCAAUCGCGCCGAUCACGUCAAAAAGCACUUCCUACGGAUGCACCGCGACCAACCGUACGAUCUAAACCGCAUCCGGCGGUCGAACGCGAAGCCCGUGGCGUCGGCGGCGACGUCCGCGGCGCCGGCCCUGCAUUAUUACACGAAGCCUCCCGCUGAACCUCCACCUGCCACUGUGGCCGUCGCGCCCGCUGCUUCGGCACAGCCCGACUAUCGCCCGGCGCCCGCUGUCAAACUAGAGAGGCCGCUUCUCGGCAAAAGCGAACCGAGCGCGGUCCCUGCACUGCACAAGCCCGCUGCGCCCUCGCCGGCUGCGGCCUCCCCACCAGCCGUCCGCCGCAAGCAAGGCGAACGGCGCUACGCGUGCUGCUACUGCUCGUGGUCGGGCGUGGACAACUGGUGCCUCAAGCGACACCUCAACACGCAUCUGAAGCCGUUCGCGUGCGCACUGUGCGAGUACAAAGCGGCGCGCGCCGAGCGUCUCGCCACGCACGUGCACAAGGUGCACAACAAGAAGGCGUGCGCCAAGUGCCCCUUCCUCGCCGACGACCAGCACCAGCUCGCGCACCACCUGCGCGACGCACAUCACAUCGAGAGUCGCAACUUGAAGGUGCCCGUGGGAAUGAGAGGCACCGGCGGGGCAGGCGGUGCGACAGCGGGUUUCGCGGCAUCUGCGGCGGGCGCAGAGGCAGGAGCUGCGGCAGGCGCGGGCGCGGCGAGUGGCUCCGGACGUCGGCGCGAAACGCGGGCGGCGGGUGCCGCUCGCCUGUUCGGUUAUCUGGAAGCUUCAGACGGCUCGGGCGACGAGUACGAGGCACCGGCGCUGGCGGGCGAGUUCGCGCCAGCGCCCGCGCCCGCUCCCGCUCCGCACUACACGCGCGAUAAGGAGAACGCUGCGCCGCUACACCACGCCUUGCAUCACGACCACUGCUUGCGCUACUAG